AUGGCCGACGAACUCUCCAAGGUCGACUCUGCCGUAGCUGGCCUCUCGAUAUCCCCAAAGGACGACAAGGACCUCAAGAAGGACAAGAAGGAUAAGGCCCACAAGCGGACUACCUCGUCUUCGGAAGGUGUCAGGAACAUCAAUGACCUGGAAAAGGAAGGCAUCGAACUAGCCAUUGCCCCUGAGACACAGAAGCUCAACUGGAAACUCAACACCUCCCCCACAUCCCUCGACGAGAAAGAUGUUCUCAAGAAAUUCCUCACCACCCCGCCCGUCAAGCGGAUAGACCUGCAUUUCCCCCUGGGCCUCGAAGUCACCGCCAGAAACCUCAAGGGCGUCACCAUCAAGGACGCGCUAGACGCUAUCCACAAGCAGUUCAAGAAGAAGGCCGAUGACGAACUCGACAACCCCAUCCUCGCUGGCUUCGAGUGGGAUAAAGAGGAAUCAUGGACCCGCCUCAUCGUCCACCAGAAGAAACAGGGCGCGGCCGUCAGCUCCAAAAAGUCCAAGAAGAAAGGCGGCGACGAUGAAUGAGCGAAUGGACGAACGGACAAGUCAAUUUUCAAAGUGAAAUAGAAGUAAAAAUUUCUUUCUUUCUUUUAUUUUUUACUUCCUUUUCCUUGAUCUGUAACGGACCUGCUUUGCUGCUCUAUUAUCUAUUUACUUAUUCUCCCCUCACAAACACCAACAGGAGCUGUCACAUCUUAACAUCAUUAUCAUUGUACCCCUCUCUCUCUCUCUCUCUCUCUCUGCUCCAAUAUGCCGUAUCGUCUUGACAUGCGUUGUUUGUCAGGCAUGCAUGCAUGCCAUGGGUUUAGUUAGUUAGUUAUUUGCUAGUUUGCUAAAUACAUUACAUACAUGGCAAGUCAUCAUAUUAUU